AUGAUUGCUGUAUGGAAAGCUCCAUCUGAAGAUAAAUGCGGCUGUAUCACUAUUAAUGCAGCUGUACAAACGCAUCAUAUACAUACGGAAACAUAUUCGGCUGUUGGUGGUUUGACUAAGACUUUGUGUCCUAGUUCAACGCGGGCCCCAAGUCCUGUUCUUCCAGCUUAUAUGAUGCCUAGAAGUGUUCGGAGAAGUGAUACUGUCACAGCAGAACAGACACUAAAACUGUCAAACGAUGUAUCAAUGCAUUUGGAUAGUGUCCAACCUCAAGAUUGUUGUGCAUGUGGCUCAGCAACUUAUAAACUCACCUUCACCGGUCUGUGGACCAAAAAGUCUCACCCAAAAGAUUGGCCGAUUCAUAAUCCUGGAGCACUACACUGGACUAAUCUUAUCGGCGCCAGUCAUACACCAAGUUUUCAGAUAUAUCGUAUAGGUGAACCAGCUAGUGCUGGAGUUCAAGCUGUUUGCACAUAUGGUGAUACAACUGUAAUCAAACAAUCGCUUGGUAUCGCUGCUACAAAUACUGGUUCAUUGGGUGGAGUUCCGUCUGGAACACAAAGAGGUUCUACUGGCGUAGGACCAUUACUUAGUUUAGUUUCUGCACCAGGAAUGUGGGGAGAAGAAACACUUGAAGAGACAAGAACCACUUUUGUUGCAGUGAACAGAACACAUCCAUUGAUUUCAUUUUUAACCAUGCUUGGUCCAAGUCCUAAUUGGUGUGCAGAAAAUCGAAUUGAUUUAUUCCCAUGGGAUGCUGGUGUUCGUAAUGGUGAUACAUAUCUGCCUAAAAAUUCUGAUAAUAAGGAUAUUCCAGAGCCUAUACGUUUCAUCACUAGAGAUUGGAUGCCUAAUAAUCCAUUCACACAAGGCUUACCAGUUGCCCGAGUAGUACUUGAACGAAUCCUACCCAGUGAAUCAUGGCAGUGUACUUCAAAGCUAUACAAUGGUGUAGAAAUUUUCAAUUCUGAUGGAAGUACUGAUACUGUUGGAGUAAAGUCAGAUUCUCAAAGCGAUAAGCAUACACCUAUGGUUCAGUCAGUUAUCGGAGAUAUAACUGGCACACUACCGAAAAAGUCUAGAAAUAAAGGUGGAACUAGUGGGUCAAGUGGUGGUGGUGGGCAAAGUGCUACAAGAAUAACAAGUGGAGGACUUGGUGGAGAUAAUCCUUUAUCAGAUCCAAGCUUAGCUCAAAUGGCUACAUUUUUAUGCAUUACAGAUUCUUGGUCAGCUUGGGGACCUUGUUCAGUAACCUGUGGUGUUGGUCGUCGAAGUAGACAGCGUGCUAUGCUGAUCAAUAAAAAAACAGAACUUUGUCAACAUGUUCCACUAGUAGAAGAAGAGUCCUGUGAUGGUCGGAAACGUACAUGUGACUUUAGUGCACCAUGCAGCUUACUACCAUGGACAGCUUGGACUCCGUGUAAUGCAACAUGUGAUCACCCAAACGGUCGACAAACACGUACACGUUAUUUAGCUCGCCCAACAGAAAGGCACAACUGUGAACACGUGUUCAAAAGUGAAACAGAAUCAAACAAAGGUAUACUACAAGAAGUAAGAGAAUGUCAACCUAAAGAUACAGACUGUGAUCCAGCGACAAUAUGUGCGGAAGGUAGAAAAGAUGGUUUAGUCUGCGGAGAAGAAGUUUCAGUCUAUUACUAUAGUGCUGUUGAACAUGCCUGUUUACCAUUUAAAUAUCUCGGAUGUAAAGGUGGGCGAAAUCGAUUUACUACUAAGAAAGCUUGUGAAAAUCUCUGCUUACCAGCUGUAGAAGCAUUACCUAAAUGGAGAAGAGAACGUAUGGCUUUACUGCAAUACCAAACAGCUCAGAUUGCUAUAGGUAGUGACGACUUCAAAAGCCAACAGAUUUCUCCGGCUGAGCAUUGCUCACAACUAAUGAAUCCUGGUUAUACAUGCAUCAAUGGAACAACACCGCAGAACAGAUGGUAUUUCUCUUCACGUCUACGAAGAUGUCGUGAUUUUGAAUAUCGUGGUUGUGGUGGAAAUAAGAAUAACUUCGAAACAUAUCAAGCCUGUUUAUCUGACUGUUUGCCGUUAGAAAUGGAAAAGCUGCGUCAAGUCAACAAGGCACGCUUGGCUAGUACACGUAAAUUUACAAAAAAUACAGCUAUAACCGAAAAUGAUAUGUCAUCCGCUAGUGAAGAGAUGCCAAUGCCAACAUCCAAAGAUGACGAUGAAGGUGAUACACUCAGUAAAAUGGAGCGUCAGAAACUGGAUGAUAUGUGGGGUCCUAAACAAGACUGUAUAAUGACUGCAUGGAGUGGAUGGAGUCCAUGCUCAGUGAAGUGUUCACAUGAAACUGGUACACAGAUGCGUUGGAGAUAUGUUGAGAAACCUGCAAUGCAUGGAGGCCACUCAUGUGAUGCUUUAUUUGAAAAGCGUGAAUGUCAUGGAAGUUCUUGUUGACCACUUAAAAGUUAAUGUGUUAAUCAUUAUUGUAAAUUUAACUUAUUUUUUGGCUCUGUCCUUAUUUCACCUUCUUUAAACUAAAUAAUACUUCUCAACAUCUUAGAAACAGUAAUGGCCAUCAAGGCAUUCAAAUGUAACUCAAUUACAAAAUGCUUGGCUGCUAUUAUCUAUCUAUCUAUCUAUCAAA